CCUGUGAUUGACAGCCGUCGCUCCUUCCCUUGCCCCUCUCCCCCACUGGAAGCCCCCGCCUGGGCGCCUGCGCCCCCCUCGGCAGCCCAGAGCCCGUCGCCCGUUGGAGGCCAUUGGCUGGCCUUUGCGCACCGCGGAUCGAUUUUCCAGGUGCGGAGUUCACUGUCGCCGCGGUUGCUUCCUUUGGGACCCGCGGCGCCCAGCAGUCAGUCGCAGAGUCCGAGGAGGGGGCAGCGCAGAGCGGACCCGACGUGGCGCCACCCGGCACCUUCCCCACAGACGGUGACCUUUGGCUCUGAGCCGGAUCAGAGAAGAAUUCGGUGUCCGCGCGGGACGAUGCCUGAGCAGGAGAGACAGAUCACUGCCAGAGAGGGGGCCAGUCGGAAAAUCUUAUCGAAGCUUUCUUUGCCUACCCGUGCCUGGGGACCAGCAAUGAAGAAGAGUUUUGCUUUUGACAAUGUUGGCUACGAAGGUGGUCUGGAUGGCCUGGGCCCUUCUUCUCAGGUGGACACCAGCACAAUCAGGAUCUUGGGCAUGACUUGCCAGUCAUGUGUGAAGUCCAUUGAGGACAGAAUUUCCAGUUUGAAAGGCAUUGUGAGCAUGAAGGUUUCCUUGGAACAAGGCAGUGCCACUGUGAAAUAUGUGCCAUCAGUUGUGAGCCUGCAACAGGUUUGCCAUCAAAUUGGGGACAUGGGCUUCAAGGCCAGCAUUGCAGAAGGAAAGGCAGCCUCCUGGCCCUCAAGGUCCUUGCCUGCCCAGGAGGCUGUGGUCAAGCUCCGGGUGGAGGGCAUGACCUGCCAGUCCUGUGUCGGCUCCAUUGAAGGCAAGGUCCGGAAACUGCAAGGAGUAGUGAGAGUCAAAGUCUCACUCAGCAACCAAGAGGCUGUCAUCACUUAUCAGCCUUAUCUCAUUCAGCCUGAAGACCUCAGGGACCAUGUAAAUGACAUGGGAUUUGAAGCUGCCAUCAAGAACAAAGUGGCUCCCUUAAGCCUGGGACCAAUUGAUAUUGAGCGGUUAGAAAGCACUAACCCAAAGAGACCUUUAUCUUCUGCUAACCAGAAUUUUAAUAAUUCUGAGACCUUGGGACACCAAGGAAGGAAUGUGGUCACCCUCCAACUGAGAAUAGAUGGAAUGCACUGUAAGUCUUGCGUCUUGAAUAUUGAAGAAAAUAUUGGCCAACUCCUAGGGGUUCAAAGUAUUCAAGUGUCCUUGGAGAACAAAACUGCCCAAGUACAGUAUGACCCUUCUCGUACCAGCCCAGUGGCUCUGCAGACGGCUAUCGAGGCACUUCCACCUGGGAACUUUAAAGUUUCUCUUCCUGAUGGAGCCGAAGGGAGUGGGACAGAUCACAGGUCUUCCAGUUCUCAUUCCCCUGGCUCCUCCCCAAGAAACCAGGUACAGAGCACAUGCAGUACCACUCUGAUUGCCAUUGCCAGCAUGACCUGUGCAUCCUGUGUCCAUACCAUUGAAGGCAUGAUCUCCCAACUGGAAGGGGUGCAGCAAAUAUCGGUGUCUUUGGCCGAAGGGAUUGGAACAGUUCUUUAUAAUCCCUCUGUAAUUAGCCCAGAAGAACUCAGAGCUGCUAUAGAAGACAUGGGAUUUGAGGCUUCAGUCGUUUCUGAAAACUGUUCUACUAGCCCUCUUGGAAACCACAGUGCUGGGAAUUCUAUGGUGCAAACUACAGGUGGUACACCUACAUCUGUGCAGGAAGUGGCUCUCCAUGCUGGGAGUCUCCCUACAAACCAUCUCCCGGACAUCUGGGCAAAGUCCCCACAAUCAACCAGAGCAGUGGCACCGCAGAAGUGCUUCUUACAGAUCAAAGGCAUGACCUGUGCGUCCUGUGUGUCCAACAUAGAAAGGAAUCUGCAGAAGGAAGCUGGUGUUCUCUCCGUGUUGGUUGCCUUGAUGGCAGGAAAGGCAGAGGUCAAAUAUGACCCAGAGGUCAUUCAGCCGCUCGAGAUAGCUCAGUUGAUCCAGGACCUGGGCUUUGAGGCAGCAGUCAUGGAGGACUCCGCAGGCUCCGAUGGCAACAUUGAGCUGACAAUCACAGGGAUGACCUGCGCGUCCUGUGUCCACAACAUAGAGUCCAAACUCACGAGGACGAAUGGCAUCACUUAUGCCUCCGUUGCCCUUGCCACCAGCAAAGCCCUUGUUAAGUUUGACCCGGAAAUUAUCGGUCCACGGGAUAUUAUCAAAAUUAUUGAGGAAAUUGGCUUUCAUGCUUCCCUGGCCCAGAGAAUCCCCAACGCUCAUCACUUGGACCACAAGAUGGAAAUAAAGCAGUGGAAGAAGUCUUUCCUGUGCAGCCUGGUGUUUGGCAUCCCUGUCAUGGCCUUAAUGAUCUAUAUGCUGAUACCCAGCAACCAGCCCCACCAGUCUAUGGUCCUGGACCGCAACAUCAUUCCAGGACUGUCCAUUCUAAAUCUCAUCUUCUUUAUCUUGUGCACCUUUGUCCAGGUCCUCGGCGGGUGGUACUUCUACGUUCAGGCCUACAAAUCUCUGAGACACAGGUCAGCCAACAUGGACGUGCUCAUCGUCCUGGCCACGAGCAUUGCUUACGUCUAUUCUCUGGUCAUCCUGGUGGUUGCUGUGGCCGAGAAGGCGGAGAGGAGCCCUGUGACAUUCUUCGACACGCCCCCCAUGCUCUUCGUGUUCAUUGCCCUGGGGCGGUGGCUGGAACACUUGGCAAAGAGCAAAACCUCAGAAGCCCUGGCCAAACUCAUGUCUCUCCAAGCCACAGAAGCCACCGUUGUGACCCUUGGUGAGGACAAUUUAAUCAUCAGGGAGGAGCAAGUCCCCAUGGAGCUGGUGCAGCGGGGCGAUAUCGUCAAGGUGGUCCCUGGGGGAAAGUUCCCAGUGGACGGGAAAGUCCUGGAAGGCAAUACCAUGGCUGAUGAGUCCCUCAUCACAGGAGAAGCCAUGCCAGUCACUAAGAAACCCGGAAGCACUGUAAUUGCGGGGUCUAUAAAUGCACAUGGCUCUGUGCUCAUUAAAGCCACCCAUGUAGGCAAUGACACCACUUUGGCUCAGAUUGUGAAACUGGUGGAAGAGGCUCAGAUGUCAAAGGCCCCCAUUCAGCAACUGGCUGACCGGUUUAGUGGAUAUUUUGUCCCACUUAUCAUCAUCAUGUCAACUUUGACGUUGGUGGUAUGGAUUGUAAUCGGUUUUAUCGAUUUUGGUGUUGUUCAGAAGUACUUUCCUAACCCCAACAAGCACAUCUCCCAGACAGAGGUGAUCAUCCGGUUUGCAUUCCAGACGUCCAUCACGGUGCUGUGCAUUGCCUGCCCCUGCUCCCUGGGGCUGGCCACGCCCACGGCCGUCAUGGUGGGCACUGGGGUGGCUGCGCAGAAUGGCAUCCUCAUCAAGGGAGGCAAGCCCCUGGAGAUGGCGCACAAGAUAAAGACUGUGAUGUUUGACAAGACUGGCACCAUUACCCAUGGGGUCCCCAGGGUCAUGCGAGUGCUCCUACUGGGGGAUGUGUCCACCCUGCCCCUCAGGAAGGUUCUGGCUGUGGUGGGGACUGCGGAGGCCAGCAGCGAACACCCCUUGGGCGUGGCAGUCACCAAAUACUGUAAAGAGGAACUUGGAACAGAGACCUUGGGAUACUGCACGGACUUCCAGGCGGUGCCAGGCUGUGGAAUUGGGUGCAAAGUCAGCAACGUGGAAGGCAUCCUGGCCCACAGUGAGCGCCCUUUGAGUGCACCUGCCAGUCACCUGAAUGAGGCUGGCAACCUUCCCGCAGAAAAAGGUAUUACUGGCCUCUGUCUCUGCAGCUGGUUCAAAGUAGAGGUGGGCCAAACCACAGAGAGCACCACGUCCAGCAGUGAUGGCCUCUGCUGUGCGGCAGACGGUUCAUGGCUAAGGCAGCCAAGCCUGCCUCCCCACCCCCAGGAAAGUUUCUCGCAUGUUCUUGGGUGCAUUUAUAUGAUGAGAACAUUGCAAGUGUGGUGUCUUGAUGCGGGGUGCCCAUCCUGUGUAGCUGCUCAUGCCGGCUGGUUCACUCCAGGUGUGCUCUGUGGGAUGAUUGCUAUCGCAGACGCUGUCAAGCAGGAGGCUGCCCUGGCUGUGCACACGCUGCAAAGCAUGGGUGUGGACGUGGUUCUGAUCACCGGGGACAACCGGAAGACAGCCAGAGCCAUUGCCACCCAGGUUGGCAUCAACAAAGUCUUCGCAGAGGUGCUGCCUUCGCACAAGGUGGCCAAGGUCCAGGAGCUCCAGAAUGAAGGGAAGAGAGUCGCCAUGGUGGGGGAUGGGGUCAAUGACUCCCCAGCCUUGGCUCAGGCAGACAUGGGUGUCGCCAUUGGCACUGGCACGGAUGUGGCCAUCGAGGCAGCCGACGUCGUCCUCAUCAGAAAUGAUUUGCUGGAUGUGGUGGCUAGCAUUCACCUUUCCAAGAGGAUUGUCCGGAGGAUACGCAUCAACCUGGUCCUGGCACUGAUUUAUAACCUGGUUGGGAUACCCAUCGCGGCAGGUGUCUUCAUGCCCAUCGGCAUUGUGCUGCAGCCCUGGAUGGGCUCAGCGGCCAUGGCCGCCUCCUCUGUGUCUGUGGUGCUGUCAUCCCUGCAGCUCAAGUGCUAUAAGAAGCCUGACCUGGAGAGGUAUGAGGCACAGGCGCAUGGCCACAUGAAGCCCCUGACAGCAUCCCAGGUCAGUGUGCACAUCGGCAUGGAUGACAGGCGGCGGGACUCCCCCAGGGCCACACCAUGGGACCAGGUCAGCUAUGUCAGCCAGGUGUCGCUGUCCUCCCUGACAUCCGACAAGCCAUCUCGGCACAGCACUGCAGCGGACGAUGGUGGGGACAAGUGGUCUCUGCUCCUGAAUGACAGGGAUGAGGAGCAGUACAUCUGAUGGCACCAGGCAGGCAGGCCAGGGCAGGGCCUUGCCUCCACUCGCCACAAGCUGAGCGGGACAGCCAGCAGCAGGAUGGGCUGAGCUAGCCUCCAGCUUUGGGGACUUCCACUCCCUGGAUAUGUCCAGUCAUCCUGCCCUGCAGCACGUGGCCUUGUCUGAGUGCAACUGGCCUUGCCCUAGAGAAGACGGCCUGGCCUGCCUCUUGGCGUCACUGAACCGUCAGGAUGGGCUUUGUCUUGGACUCUAGUCCUUGGCUGUACUGUAGAAGGUGAGAGGCGAGUCACCCUCCUCACAAACCUCCGCUUGGAGUAUUUAGGAUGACUGCUAUGAAAUGGAGAACAGUUUCAUCAGGACCAAAAAACCUCACUGGGCCUUUCCAGAGAACGGCAGACCUCACUGUCAGGCUCUUUCUGAUGACGCCUGUCUGUGUGCAUCAUGUUUCUGAGACCACAGUUUACCUCAGGUGUGCCUGCUGCUUUCUUCCUGCACAGUCUGUUCCUUUUCUCUUCUGUGUGCUUGUCCGUGGGGACCCCUUGGAACCCUGCCUGUCUCCUAGGAGGGUGAGACCAAUGUCUUUGUGGUCCUUGCUGCUGCUCUCAGGCGCUUCUCCAGUGCUCUAGAGUGUGCAUUUCAGCUUGAACCUGCUUCCUGGCUCGCACAUCCCCAGCCAGGGAGCUUGCCACACCAUUCUUCAGGUCCAGGAGAGUUCUUUUUUUGUUUGAAGCCCCCUUCUCCAUGGAGUGGGGGCUUCUCAGUAGAGUGUUGUUGCUGACCAGCUGACGUGGGAGUCCAGACUUGGCUUCCUGUGGGGUCCAGGUUCUCGCAAUUCAGGACGUCCUUCUAUAUUCCUGCCCAGCCUGUGGUGCUCAAAACGUUUGUCCCAUGGGAGACAUAUGUGUGCAGGAGCCUCCCUGCAUGGCCCCAGGAGCUUCGUUUUCAGUCUUCUGUGUGACUGUCACCUCAUGGGGUUCAAUAGAGAAUUCGUGUCACUAGCACCUGGCCUUGUGUGGCUUGGAGAUUAGGUACUGCCCAAAUAGGAGGAAAGCACAGCCUCCUUGAGCCUGCCUUCUGCACGCACAGGGGCUUCAGGAAAGGAGUGGCCACAGCAUCCCGAAGGGAGCAUCUGUUUACCUGGCCGUGGCUCUCAGAGCAGCAGAAGGGGUCCAGUUUUAGACUCUGAAGUUGGUUGUGAUUGACAGAACCCCUUGGGAGCAAACUAGUAGAUGUUGGAUUAAAUUCUGGGUGAAACCCUUUUCUCCCACACAAAAUAGUUUUAGUGACUUUUUUCAGUGUCCAUUACUUGCCAGGGGCAGUUUUAGCAGCACUUUCGAUAGAUUACCUCUAAUCUUCCCAACCAACCAACAAGGUAGCUAUUACUGUCCGCAUUUUACAGGCAAGGAAACAGGCUCCAAGAGGCUGAGGACUUUGCCCAGGAUGACAUAGCCAGUGGACAAGCCGUGUCUGUCAGCUGUGAAGGCUUCACUCUAAUUGUCCUUCUACCUUGAAUAGAAGUUUUCCUGAUAAGAAUAAACAAGGAAAAGGUCCUUGCCUCCUGGAAGAACGAAUCUACCAGGUGAUCUAUUCAUUGUUUCAACUCAGAAUGCAGUUCAUUCAGGAGGUCAUCUGACCUUCACCUUGGAUGGUUAGUUUCACUUUUUACAUAUAGUUUUUGCGGGGUUUUAUUUUAUAAAAUCCAAGCACCCCAGUGAUUGUGUUUUCAUUGUUUUCAGCCCGCCAACUCCAGCCUGCAGCACAUUUCCGCUGUCCAUCAGUAACUGCGUCCUCUCUUUAUGCUUGCUUGGGGAAUGUUGUUUUCUGACUAGGCUGAUCAUUAUCUAAAGAAUCUAAUUCUGUUGAUUUUUAAAACUUUUAGGACCAUAAACGUGUUCCUAUAUGGACAUGGAAAUAUUUAUAUAAUUUUAUAGAAAAUAACCUUAUAGAUGGUCAAAGUGUAAGGAAUUUUUUUGUCAGAUAACCAUUUCUACUUCAAAAACAUUUCAUGCAAUAUUAGAAUAAAGUUCUUGUCAUUCCUCU